AUGUCGCGGUCUGCAGACCCUGAGCGGCAGCCUCUCAUUGCUGCCUCGAGCGAUGAAGCGGUUCCAAACGCCACGAUUUCGUACACGGACCCACCGCCUUCGGUACCUGCGAUAGACACUAGCCUGGGUGAGGACCCUAUCGCUCCCAAGAACACGGGCAGGCUGUACGCAUUCUAUGGCAUCCUGGUCAUCCUUGGGACAGUUACACUCGUCCUUCUUAUCAAGGGACUUAUUGAGUCUGGAGAUGUCGACUUUGACCUGAAAGGUGCCCUCAAAAGCGCACUGGGAGGCGGCCUCAGCGGGGCUGCAGCCAUGGUCUUACAAGUCCUCAUCUUCAUGCCCCUCCGGACGAUUAUGAACUACCAAUACCGCUUCGGCUCCUCACUGUCCACGGCUCUCAAUACCCUCUAUGCCGCAGGAGGCUACGUACGGUUCUACCAAGGCCUCUCGGCCGCGCUUCUCCAAGGCCCACUCGCUCGAUUCGGGGACACAGCAGCCAACGCAGGCAUCCUCGCCCUCCUCCAAAGCAACCCCUAUAUGAAGAAGCUGCCGGCGUUCGUAAAGACUGUAUUCGCUUCGCUGGCGGCGGCUGCGUUCAGGAUGAUCUUGACGCCUAUCGAUACUGUCAAGACCACGCUGCAGGCCCAGGGUAGGGAGGGGUGGGGGAUCUUGAAGAGACGGAUACUGAGAUAUGGCAUUGGAACAAUGUGGUAUGGUGCCUUUGCUACAGCUGCGGCGACCUUUGUUGGUCAUUACCCGUGGUUCGGAACGUACAAUUACCUCGACGAGGUCCUUCCUCCUGCCGAAACAACCUUGCAAAAACUAUCCCGGCGGGCGUUCAUUGGCUUUGUAGCCUCCGUAGUCUCAGAUACAGUAUCCAACAGCCUGCGAGUUGUCAAGACCUACCGACAGGUCAACGAAUCCAAAAUCGGUUACGUCGAGGCAGCAAGGGAAGUUGUCCGCACGGACGGCUUGAAAGGUCUUCUAGGACGUGGCCUCAAGACCAGAAUCCUAGCCAAUGGUUUACAAGGCCUGACAUUCUCAAUCCUCUGGCGGUGGUUCAUGGACAUAUGGAACGAAAAGACCAAAAAAUAAAGGGGGGCGUUAGUCUAAAGUACAAGUUAGGCGUGAUCGUACUGGUACAUAGGGGAAAAUAUGAGAGAGAGAGGAAGGGUUUGCAUGUGAUGAUAACGAUAAACAUGAGAAUAGAGAUCCUUUAACGAGA